AAACACUAUCAAGAGUUGUGUUUACAACGAUAAACUCAUGCGACCUCUUUCCUCUGUCAAUUUUAGAGUCAAAAUUAAUAAAAAAUAGUGAUGGGUUAAUGAAAUCGAUCAAAAAGAUAUAAGUUACUACGCAGCAAAUAGAUACUUUAAUUAAAAAAUGUGCAAUGCAAGAACGUUAUUACAGGUGAUUUGUUUGGGUUUUGUUGUCAUCCAAGUAGUUGAUGGUCGCGAUUUUUCUCCUAACAGGAACAAUACAAGGGUACGUCGGCAAGCCAGUCGGGGAAAUUGUACAGAAUCAAAUUUCGCCUGUAAAUCUGGUGAAUGCAUCGACGAAGACAAAGAGUGCGAUGGUACCGUCGACUGCAAUGACGCUAGCGACGAAAGCAAUGCUUGUCGCAGAAUAGUGUGUCCUGACUUCCUGUUCACUUGUAAAUACGGCGCCUGCAUCGACAAAAACUUAGAAUGUGACGGUAAAUCAGACUGCCGGGAUGGUUCCGAUGAAAAUACACCUAAUUGCACAAAAACCGAUGAAAACACUCCAGGCUGCAAAAAGGGCGAGUUUAAAUGUGACUCAGGUCAGUGCAUCAAUCAAGACAAUACAUGCGACGGUAGAGCGGAAUGUGAUGACCAGUCGGACGAAACAGAAGCUGCCUGUGUGGACAUAAAGUGUCCGGGAUUCGCUUACAAGUGCAAGUAUGGAGCUUGUGCUAAGACCAAUGCUGAGUGUAAUGGAGUUGUUGACUGUUUCGACGGUUCGGAUGAAGAUCCCCAUAUUUGUGACACACCUCCAGCGACACCAGCCCCAGUUACUCCGGUACCAUCCUCAGAAGUCAAGGGUAGUUGCGUUUUACCACAGUAUCCAGAGUUUGGCAAAUGGACGAUUGUAUCAGCAAACUCUGCUAGAUAUUCACCAGGAAUGUCAGUAGAUCCAGGUACGACGUUAAGUGUGGAAUGUCAAAACAGAUACAAGUUAGAUGGUCAAAAGGCUGUGUUUUGUGACAAUGGUAAAUGGUCUUCGGAUAUCAGGCGUUGUUUGAAAGUGUGUAAACCUAGAGUAAGCUCCUCAACUAUACAUGUAACAUGCAUGUACAAACAAAAAGAAACGGAGAAUUGCACGGAUGCUAUUGAAGGUACUCUUGCGAAGUUUAAGUGUGCUCCAUUUUACGAAGAUCUUGGACUGAGAACAAAACCUGUACACAUUUGCCAAGGUGGAGAGUGGGAUCAACCCGAACCUCACUGUGUACCAGUGUGUGGUCAAAAAACCGUUGAACCAACUACGCUCAUUCUUAACGGAACGAAUGUAACUAAAGGGGAUUACCCAUGGCAAGUGGCCCUGUAUAACAAAGGGGACAGAAAUCUUAUAUGCGGAGGGUCUCUCUUAAGCCAAAAAGUUGUUCUUACUGCGGCGCAUUGUAUAGCGGAUGUAAAAGGACGUCUACUUUCCAAAGAAAAUUAUAUCAUAGCGGUUGGAAAGUAUUACAGACGCUUUGACGACAGUCGGGAUUCCAACGAAGCACAAUUCUCAGAUUUGCAUGCCAUGUUUACCGUCAAUGAAUACAAGGGUGCUACUCAAAAUUUUCUAGGAGAUAUCGGUAUAUUAGUGUCCAAAAAAACAUUUACUCUUUCACGAAGAAUCCAACCUGUGUGUUUAGACAGCGGUCAUAUGUACGAUGUGAAACACAGCACCUACGGUUACGUGACUGGAUGGGGUUUCACUGCAGAAAACACAGCACCUUCGGAAGUUUUAAAAGAACUAAAAGUUCCUUCAGUUUCUAUAUCGGAUUGUGGAUCCAACUUGCCUGAAGACUACGAAAUAUUUCUCACGUCGGACAAAAUUUGUGCGGGAUACAUAGACAAAGGAACGUCAGCGUGCAAAGGCGAUAGUGGGGGAGGGUUGGUAUUUAAACAUGAUGGUAGAUAUUAUGUUACUGGAAUCGUUAGUAUUUCUCCCACGUCACCUACUUCUGUAGAGGGUUGUGAUAGUCAACAAUACACACUCUACACCCAGGUUUCAAAAUACAUCGACAACUUCAUUUUGGCAAAACUGGCUCAGUAUAAGAGUUAAGUUCCGAAGAUCGUUUUAAUAAAGACUGAAAACUCAACACGAUUACAUAUCCUUAUUAUAUUAUAAUUUUACACUGAGUUGUGAGCUUAUAUGACAUCUUCCAAACAGUUUCAGUUCGGAAACCUCCCAAACCCCACCUAAAAUACUUUUCAUAAAAAUGUUAGGUAAUUUUCGGAAAAGCUCUCCCGGCAACCUAAAAGCGACACAAGGCAGAGAGGUAACGCUACAAAUUCUUUAAACCCCGGCGAUAUCUGGUCACACCAAAUACACCGGAGACUACCGACAAAAAUGCAUAAAUUACCUACUUAAUAUAGUCGAAAUCACAAGUAGGCACAUUAAGGUUAUCACCACCUGAGAUCCGGUGUCUCCGGCUUGAGAGCAACCCCGGCGCUCCCUCCCCUGGAGAGAAGAAGAGAAGGCGCCACCCUCGGCGGCGUGAAGGUCGCCGCAUAAGCUUAGGUCGGCCAGACGUGUUUUUAUAUCACCGACACUAGUCGGACCAAGGCUUGGCACCCAGGUACGCCGCCACCACACGUUAUCGGAUUGGCACACCGGAAUUUCGUCGCAUUAUAUAUAAAUGUGAUAGUGUUGGCUGUGGAUAAUGUUUUUACUCGAUGGAUUUUGGGAGACCGCUGUUCAACGUCAAUCGAUUAAGCAGUUCCUUGUUCUUAGGAGGGCAUUGAAACUUAAAGAUAGCUAGAGCCAAGGGAAUUGUUACCUAGUUACCAUAUGUUGGAUGUGUGAAAAAUAGUAUCGUUAACGAUAAACUUAUAGAAAUUCAUACCCACAUGGCAGAACUGGAAGUUAUUGUUAGUACUUGUCCAACUGAUUAAUUGGAAUAAACUCACAUUAAUGAAA